CAUCACACUUGUCGAGCAAUGGACUGUUACUGAUUAGUAUAAAUAUCCCCUCGUAAUAAUCAGGUUUGCAUCACCAAAGUUCAGCAUUUAUUUAAGAUUUACUUGUUAGGUGGUAUUUUUGUCUUCCAAGAAAAUGAACCAAUCCCAGAAUUCAGGCUUCCAAGCUGGUCAGGCUAAGGGCCAAGCUGAGGAGAAGACCAGCCAGAUGACGGACAAGGUUAGAGAUACCGCACAAUCUGCUAUGGAAUCAUCCCAACAGGUCCUGGUCCAACAAUUCUUUAUUUUUCAGAAACAUCUUUUAGAUGCAAGAAAAUUAUCUCUUGGUCAGCAGAUGAAGGCUAAAGCACAAGGAGCUGCUGAUUCCGUCAAGGAUUCAAUGGGGAUGAACAAAUGAAACUGCUAGUUGAUCCAACCACACCACCUCUUGGGCAGGGCAACUAUUUUCUUUUGAGCUUUUGAUUUUUGCUGU